GGGGAAUCGUCUUUGUGACACGGUCGACCGUCGACAUUCCUGGCUACAUUCAACAUUCAACCUUCAUACCUAAACCACUUUAACCACUUCUGCGUUUUAAUUACCUAUGCUAUUAACCAAAUUCCAACGUGUCAUCUAAUAUCCGUUCUCAUUUUCGUUUUCGUUUCCGAUCCCCGUCAAUCAAUCAAUCAAACAUGAUGUUUUGACAUCUCUUAAACCAACAAUCAAAUUUCCACCGCCAACUUUCGGUCAACUUUCUGGUACCGAACGAUACCCGGAUCAUCCACCUAAUUCACAAUGUCGGACUCCGGAGAUGUCCAGCAUAAGAGGUCCAAGUCCACAGCUCUGUCUCUACUCCGACGUAGGGACAAGGACCGUAAUGAUGACGAUUCCGAAGAUGGAUCGCAAACCUCAGGCCUCGCUUCAACCACCACCAAUUCCGCACCCGCCAUUGCUAUGUCCCACCAGGCUUCUAUCAAGCCGUAUAAUCAGAGAAUGUCACUAGGUCGAAUCCCAUCCCGCGAGCCUAACGCUUUGGCCCCGACUCGGUCCAAUAACUCGGCUGCCGAGAAGAGUUCGAGUCUUGAACAAUCCGUCCGCAAAUUUCGAAUUGUCGAAGCUCUACGAAGUGGCAACACAGCAGCGAUAUCUAAAGCGAUUAGAGAAACGUCAGAGAAUGGACCUCGAGCAAGCACAUCUUCAUUGAAUGGUGCGAAUGUUGGUCCUUUAGACGAUACCACGAUUUUACAUCUUGCUAUCCAGUGCGCUGAAUACGACGUAGUGGAAUAUGUACUCUCUGAUGGUUCUGGAUAUAUCGAUAUCAAUGCCCGAGAUAAGGAUGGAAAUGUACCUCUACAUAUCGCCUCUACUCAAGGACGCAGCCCCAUCGUCCGAUUAUUACUGGAACAAAAAGAUAUCAACGAUGCUGUUGCGAACAACCAGGGAAAGCUUCCUUUAGAUGUAGCUCGAAACCCCGAAAUAUUUCAGCAACUCCAACUUGCAAGGACCUUAUUUGUACAGGAUAAAGUAAAAGAAGUUCAGGAUCUUGUACGAACAGGGGCCUAUGACACGUUGGGUCACAUUCUUGAAGAACCCCGUGUCAAGACGAUCCUAGACAUCAAUAGUAUUGAGCUACCCUGUGAUCCCGUGACGGUUCAGGCAGGAGGGUCAUUAUUGCACGAGGCAGCUCGCAAGAAGGAUACAAAACUGAUUCAAGCUCUUCUCCUUCACGGCGCCGACCCAUUCCAACGAGACCGGAAAGGUAAACUUCCUCAGCAGGUCACCAACGACGACAUUACGAAGGCCAUGCUUAAGCGAUCACCUGCCGCGGUAGCUGCCCAACGAGGCAUCCAGGAGAAAGCCGUACUUGGACAUGCGACUUCGCAAGCCGGAGCUAGCGCAGCCGUUUCUGGGGAUUUAUUAUCCUCCCACGAACCUCAGAUGAAAGGUUACCUUAAAAAGUGGACAAAUUAUCGCAAAGGUUACCAGCUUCGUUGGUUCGUCCUCGAGAACGGCGUUCUAAGCUACUACAAGCACCAAGACGAUGCGGAACACGCCUGCAGAGGUGCCAUCAGCAUGCGCAUCGCUAGGCUGUAUAUGAGUCCGGAAGAAAAAACGAAGUUCGAGAUCAUCGGAAAGUCGUCAGUCAAGUAUACUCUAAAAGCCAAUCACGAAGUUGAAGCCAAGCGAUGGUUCUGGGCUUUAAACAAUGCCAUUCAGUGGAUGAAGGACCAAGCAAAACAGGACGAACGACAGAAGGCUCAGAGUGCCGAGAUGCUACGACAGGCUCGAGACAGUCUCAUUAAACCGGCAGAGCCCUCCAUAAACGAUUCUCAUAGCGAAGUUGCAAGCACCACCGAACGAAGGAGUAGUGCUCAGUUGACUCGUCAUCCUUCAACGAAGGCGUCCCACUCUCACAUAGGGUUGUCCCGUACUAGUACCGCGGGUAGUGGAGAUGACGAGUUCGUCGAUGUGGGUGGUGCUGAAGCGAGAGGACACAGUAACAGGGCGCCAACAAUCCCCGGCGAGGUGGACGACGACGAUGACGACAAUGAAUAUAUGGAUCAUUCAAGUCGUGGUGAGGCUCCAACAGCGACUAAGGACGCUUUUAACAUCACGGCACAGUCAGCGAGGCUCCAGCUAGACACGUUGGCGUCUGUGAGUGCCGCUUUGCAAGCAGAAGCUCAUCGGAAUCCGUCUAUGUCACUUAUGGAUCCGAGGGCGUCGCAGGCACUCUCGACAUACGACGCUGCAAUUAAAAGUCUGAAGGGACUUAUGGGGGACCUUCUGAGGAUAUCGAAAGAUCGUGACGCGCACUGGCAGUAUCGCCUAGAACAAGAAACCGAGAUGCGACGAAUGUGGGAAGAGAGCAUGGCCAAGGUGGCAGCCGAGCAGGAAGUUCUAGAAGCAAGAGUUAGCGAGGCCGAAGCAAAACGCAAGAUGGCCAAACGAGCUCUUCGUGAGGUCAUAGGAAGCGAGGGUCGGCCGAUUAGCAGCGAUAGUGUCCACCCUGCAACGCCUAGUGCCCACGAAGAUGAGGUCGCAGGAAUAUUGCACUCGCCGUCGAUGAAGAGCAUUGGCCGCAGAUCAACCGCCCGCUCUCAUGCACUCGAGAUUUCAGACGAUUCUGAGUCUGAGCAAGAGGAAUUCUUCGAUGCUGUUGACGCAGGAGAAGUUGAUGCGGAGCCAAUGCCUCCAUCUGAUGUCGUACCUUCCGCCGGUGCAGAACAAGACGUCGUGGUAUCAGGCGUCGAUGUCAGCAGCGCUUUCCACGGUUACGAGAAUGGCUUCAGGACAAAGCUAAAGUUGGACGAAGACAACCGACCAAGGAUCGGAUUAUGGGGUAUCUUGAAGUCGAUGAUCGGUAAAGAUAUGACGAAGAUGACACUCCCUGUAUCUUUUAACGAGCCAACCUCCUUACUAUAUCGAACUGGUGAAGACAUGGAAUAUGCGGACCUACUAGAUAUGGCAGCGGAUCGAUCAGAUUCAAUCGAGCGAAUGCUGUACGUGGCCGCCUUUGCGUCGAGUGAAUUCGCCUCGACGAUCGGUCGUGUCGCCAAGCCCUUUAAUCCUCUUUUGGGAGAGACAUUCGAGUACGUGAGGCCGGACAAGGGAUAUCGAUUCUUCAUCGAGCAAGUCAGCCAUCACCCCCCUGUCGGGGCAGCCUACGCAGAAUCCGCGAGGUGGACCUACUGGGGUGAGGCCAAGGUCGACUCUAGAUUCUUGGGUAAAUCAUUCGAUAUCUAUCACCUCGGUACCUGGUUCUUAAGGUUGCGUCCCACUGCCGGUGGCAAAGAAGACUUCUUCACAUGGAAGAAGCCCAAGUCUCAAGUAGUCGGUAUCAUCACAGGCAACCCUGUCGUAGAUAACUAUGGACUUGUGGAGAUCAAGAAUUGGACUACUGGAGAAACCUGCCUGCUAGACUUCAAACAGCGAGGUUGGAAAGCUUCGAGUGCUUAUCAGCUCUCGGGGAAGAUUCUCGACUCCGAUGGCCGACCACGCGUGAGCUUAGGCGGACGAUGGAAUUCCAAGCUUUAUGCUCGCCUUACUCCUGGAUUUGAAGCAACUGUCGAGGAACCGAAGGACACUCGAGGAAGCAUAAGCGACCCCAGCAGAGCUUUCAUCGUAUGGGAAGCAAAUGCUCGGCCCGAGGGCAUCCCCUUCAACCUCACACCAUUUGUCCUCACUUUCAACCAUAUAGACGGGAAUCUGGAGAAGUGGAUUGCUCCCACGGAUUCCAGGUACCGGCCGGAUCAAAGAGCUAUGGAAGACGGCGAGUACGACCUCGCAGCGUCGGAGAAGAAUCGACUAGAGGAAGCCCAACGAGCUAGGCGAAAAAUAAGACAGCAGUCGGGUGAGGAUUUCACACCUGCGUGGUUCGAAAAGGCCACAUGUGAAAUCACCGGAGUAGAGUACUGGAAGUUUACGGAGAAGUACUGGGUACAACGGGAAAAGUUUGGCAAGGGAGAUGCUCACGCGUGGGACGGCCUGGAACCGAUCUAUACUUCGGAGGAGUAGGCGGUAGGUAGUAGGUAGUAGGCGCAGGAUUCAUGAAGCUCGGCUCGGGUGAUAAGCAGUGACUGUACAUCGUAUAGAGGAGAAAAAAGCCUGUAUACAAAAAGCUGUAAGACGAGUAUGUAUGAAACACAGCACUAGUGACUUAA